AUGUUUCGGCGAGCAUUGCUUGUUCUCGCCAUCCUCGGCGCACUCGUUGCGGUCUUUCUAGCCAGACAGCCGACCCAAGAGGAACAAGUUCUCAUCAGCGGCCGCAAUAACACGGUCCUCUUCAUCACCGACAGCCAUCAUGGGCUCUGCAACGCGCAUCUCGCCACGGUUUCGGCCCUGAUAGAGAACCACCCGUCCCUCGAGGUGCACUACGCCUCCUUCUCCGGCAUAGCACCGGACAUUGAGCGCAUCACGGGGAUUGCUCAGGCGGCGGCGAACCCGAGAGCCAAGAUCCACUGGCACCAGUUCGAUGGGCCGAGCCUUGUGGACGAGAUCAGCCUCGUGGGCGGGGUGCAAGGGAUUGUGACUCCGCCGGGGCUGGCCGGGCUCAAGCCGUUUGUGGACAUGGUGUUUUUCGUCAUGACGGCGUGGUCGAACGAGGCUCACCUGAGCCUGUACCAGCAGACGGCGGACUUGAUUCGGGAGGUUGAUCCGGCGGUUGUGGUGCUGGAUUCGCUGUUCCGGCCGGCCUUGGAUGCUGCGGCGAAUCUGAACCGGACGCGUGCUUAUAUCACGCCCAAUGCGUUGACGGACCUUUUGGCUCCUCUGCAGCCCAAGGGAGAGCUCUUCUGGAAGUAUCCAGGAAUCGCUUCGGGACUGCCUUUCCCAGUCCCCUGGAAAGACAUCCCGAACAACAUAUACCAGCAGGUGUAUUUCAUCAUCAAGUUCUUGACGGCGCCGGCCAUCAAGAACAAGCGCUCCUGGCUCGAGCAGCAUGGAAUCUCGAACGCCGUGAAUCUCUUCGAGAUGUACCGGAAAGACGUGCCGUGGAUCGCCAUGAGCUAUCCCGAGGCAGGCUUUCCGAUCGAGGUCAUCCCUGAAAACUUUCGCAUCGCUGGUCCUCUGGUGUUGGACGUUGCUCCGGCCGAGACGCAGAGCGCCGAAUUGGCUGCCUGGGUCAAGAAGGCGCCUACAAUUCUCGUCAAUUUGGGGAGUGCCUUCAAGUACGACGAGUCGAGGGCUGUGAUCAUGGCGGAGGCGAUUGCUGCUGUCUUGAAUGCUUCUGACGCCCAGAUACUGUGGAAGAUGCGCAAGACGGAUGAGUAUGGGGACGACUUUAUGGGGCCGGUGAGGAAGUAUGUCGAAGCUGGGAGGCUACGGCUGGAGAAGUGGCUCGAGGUCGAUCCGAUGUCUCUGUAUAAAACGGGGGAUAUUGCGGUGUCAGUGCAUCAUGGAGGUGCCAACUGCUUCUACGAGGCCGUCCUCGCCGGCGUCCCGAGCGUCGUUCUCCCGCUCUGGGCAGACCAUUACAACUACGCACAGACGGCCGAGUAUCUGGGCGUUGGCAUCUGGCCCAACCAGACGUUGGCGCCGGACUGGGAGGCAGCGGGCCUGGCCGAGGCAUUCCUGGAGACGCUGAGGGGCAACAGGAGCGUGACCAUGCGGGAGAAUGCCAAGGCUCUUGCGCGCAAGGGCGAGGAAUAUGGGGGCCGGAAGCUGGCUGCUCGGCUGGUUGCUGAGAUGGCGGCAGGGGAGUGGUGA